CGCCAAAGGAACCGCACUCUCCAUCUCCAUCUAUCCCUCAGAAGCUAAUUUCCAAAUUUAAGGGGUUGCCUUCAAUCCCCUCUUCCCAAGAGGAGGACGACGUUUUAUCUUCCAAGUUUCAAUUCGCACUUGUUGGAGUUUUCAACGAUAGAAGACCUUCUUUUUUCUGACGAUCAAGGCAACGCUGGAGUCAAUUGGAUUCGAAGGAAAUUUCCAGGUUGGAUUUCUGGAUGAUAAAUGUGUUCUUAUCAAUUUUAUGAAGGAAACUUAUUAUAACCGUCUGUUUAUGAGGACAUAUUGGAGCAUCAAAGGUUUUGUGAUGAAAAUUUUCAAGUGGACACAUGAUUAUGAUCAUUCCAAUCUCCCUCUAAUUGUGCCCACUUGGAUAUCUCUGCCCGGAUUACCACUCCAUCUUCAUCAAAAUCGGAUCUUCUAUCUAUUGCCAAUAUGAUUGGUCAGCCUAUGACUAUUGAUGCUGCAACAACAACUUUUAGCAGGCCAUCCCUCGCUAGGGUAUGUGUGGAGCUUGAUCUCACUAAGGAUAAUCCUAAGGUCCCGUUUGGUACACGAAAUUCAAACUAUGGAAUUGGAAUUGAAGACUUUAAUUUCAAUUCUAGUGUUUGGCACAUCUUUCAAAAAGUUAUUUAUGAGGAACUCAAGGCCUUUUGCACAACCUGCAAGAAAACUGGUCACUCCAACUCUGACCGUAAGAAGGUUGGCAAAAAGACUUUGAAUGAGAAGAACCCUCAGAUCCCUCUGAAACCUGCUGCUUCUUAGAAAAAACAUCAUUCCAAAGACGGUUGGCAAAUUGUCAAGAGGAAAGGGGCAACACAAGGACCAACUGCAGGCAGUUCCAAACCUGAAGCUGGACCAGCCAAUUUUGUUGAGGAUAAGCAACCACCCUAGGAGAAUACUUCAAAUAAGGUAAGUCCCAUAAAUACUGAUAAGCUCACCCAGGAGACUGCCUCAUAUCAAGACUAGGAUAAUGUUUUCAAUUUGGACUCUCCCCCAUCCAAUGAAGAUGUGACCAGUAUUGUGGAAGAGACAAUCCAAAAGUUUGAAUCUGUGGACGGUAAGAAGGAUAAUACCAAGGAUACUUCUAAACACCAUUCAGAAAAAGCUUUGGAAAUGGCACAUCAUAGUAUCAUACUAUACCUCUAAUCAUGAUCAUCUCCACCUAGAGGAAAAUUAUUCUGAAUCUCUCUGAGAUAGUGAAGUAUCUUCUUAUAUACAAUGGUAAGAGGAGUUUAUGAACAGUAUUCCCGCUUUAAUGAAAUGGGCAUGAGAACACUUUUCUGGGGCAAGUUUGAGCUUAUUAAAUGGGCCACGGUCACUUUUUCAUUUUUUGCCUUAUUUAUUUAUUUUAAAUCUGAGUAAAGAUUUGCAAAUAUAUUGAUUACGGAUGUGCUAGGGGUACACCACAUGUGUACCCCAUGUACCCCAUAUACCCCCUCCCCCCUCCCCCUUUUAUUUUCCACCACAAAAUAGACCACUAGAGAUGAGAAGCAACCGUCUGUCUCUCUUCUUCGACCAAAAGCAUCGAUUUCCCAGCGCUGCAUCAUCUCCUCUGCCGGUGGUCUCUUCCUUGUGGUUGCCACCACCACCUUACCCAUCGCCGUGUUGCAUCAACUCCGUCGUCGUCUGCUCCUUCCCCGUCACCAUCAACACCUCAAUCUUUUGAUUUGUUCAAAUCAAAUCCUUGUAAAAAC